CUGCUUAAAUUAUGACGAAGUAAGCUCUAAGUUGAAUAUUGCAAAAUAUCUUUGCUUUAGAGAUAUCUUCAGCCUCUUUUCCUCCUCUCAACCUGUGUUAUUGCAUUUCGGUAGAUUUGGAUUUCCCCACAUGAGGCACGAGGGUCAUCAUUUAACAUGGAAAGCAAAGCAUAAAAGAUAGAUCUUUAUGGAUUAUGUGUGUGUGCAAAAAUCUUGGCUUCUCCGGUCUGAGAUUGAAUAUUUUUCAGUUGACUUCUCAGUCUGUUCAUUUACUCAUUCGGUGGACGAGCACUGUUUACGGUCGUGUCUUUUUGUCGAAAGGUAUUUCAAUGGUAUAGAAAAUUCAUUAUGACUUCUGUGGCGUCGUUUGUGUUUCUUCUGGCCAUUUCCUCAAUUAGUCUCUGUUCGGGACAGAUUGACGAAGGAUGCAAGGAUAUAUUUCAAUUCUAUCACAAUGAAACCAGUGAUGAGUGGUACGGAUUUGGACAGAUAAAUAAUGUGAAAGACGAGAGUUUUCGUCUGAACGUCAAAUUGCGUUCUAAUUCCCCGGAGAAUUUCUUUUCUGCGAAUCCGGGAAAACUCAAUAUCAUUAAGAGAGGAGAAACCGUUUAUUACUUUGCCUUUUUCACCGCUCAAUCGCCACUACCUGAACUUCACUCCAUCUCUUUCAACUCUGACAUAAUUUGCAACAAUAUAACACAGUGGGGCUUUCAAACAAGUUUCAUCACUUUAAUAGAGGAUUACCCACAGAUGAGCACAGCGUCAAUGCAGAUUAGUACGACUCAGAGACCUUCCACGACUACUCAAAAGAGAGAUAUUAAUGUAUCGUGUGGAUUGAACGGAACACGAUGUGUCGACACUGGUGUAACUCAGUGCGGAACACUGCAUCCUCAGCUCACCUUCACACUUCCUCCCACGAAGGGAGACCCCAUCGAGCCUGGCACUUGGCCGUGGCUGGUGGCAGUUUACCGAAGGAGUUCUUCGGAUGCUCUGACCUUCCUCUGUGGAGGAUCUCUUGUGGCUGAGAGGCUUGUGGUGACAGCGGCUCAUUGCUUGUUCCAUGGCAGCGGAAGUAGACUGCGAGUUGAGAACAUUGCUGUUAUCCUGGGAAAGAAUAACCUACGAAUUCGAGAGGAAGGGGAAAAGAAAAUCUAUCCAAGUAAUCUUCAUAUUCACAAUGACUAUCGCUUCCACAAUCCCGACGCAGACAUUGCGGUUCUGGUUUUGCCAGAAUCUGUGGAAUUUACCAAAUUUAUUCGUCCCAUUUGCUUGAGCAACACCACUUCAUUGAGAGACAUGAACAGUCGCAAGAGCAUUGGCGCCGGCUGGUCACUGGAUGACCAGGGAGAAGUCGUUUCGCCUGUUCCCCAAUGGGCAGGCGACAGACCGAUACUGAACAACACCGAUUGCCGUCAGUUCAGCCGAAGGUAUAGAUUCACGAAGCGAACCUUCUGCACAGGCUGGGGAAGUAAAGCCACAGGAAUUUGCCAAGGAAACGGCGGCGGAGGACUGGCGAUGAAAGUCAACGGCCAGUGGGUGUUGCGUGGCGUGAUUUCCACAUUUAUUGGUGCCAAUAACAACAAUUGCGAUCAUGAUGCGCACACAAUCUUCACGGAUGUGUUCAAAUUCACCUACUGGAUCAAAUCUUUCAAUCCCAAGCUCAGCUCAGGAUCCAAAGAGCCUCACCAGCAAGAUACAACAUCGGGUGCAACUGAUUCUACGCCCUCAAACGACUUUCCUGUAACUUCAACUACACCAAAGCCUCAGUUUGAUGCCACGGAAUCCACAACAACACCCUUUUUCCUUGAUACGCAAAUCCUACUGGGCUUGGAUGAAUCUGAUAUUGAGUUCUUUCAUAAUAGUGAACCUUACGCGUGUGGAACACUACAUCCGUCCGUGAAUUCAACAAUACCCCAGACUGGAGAGCAGGGAGAAGAGAUUAUCGAUCGCGGAACUUGGCCAUGGUUGGUGGCUGUCUUGAAGAAAACUCCAACUUCCCUCACUUUCCUCUGCAGCGGCAGUCUUAUAUCCGAGAGGCUUGUGGUCACGGCUGCCAAUUGCUUUCAGGAUGAAACCGGAGUGAAGCUGAAUGUCGACGAUAUUGCCUUGAUCCUCGGAAAGCAUAAUUUGGGAACUCGAAUGGAAGAAGGAGGUUCGUUCCUUUCCCCACUCAGCCUGACCCUUCAUCCGGCCUACAAUCGCCUCAAUUCAGAUGCAGACAUCGCUGUGCUGGUCACAUCGGAACCCGUGGAGUUUACUGAGCUUAUUCAUCCCAUUUGCCUUUGGAAUACUUCUGAUUCGGAGGAAAUCAACAAUCGCGUCGGCGUUGCUGCGGGUUGGAAGAAGGAUCCAGUACAGAAUAUCUUCUAUGGUCUUCCGUAUAAGAUCAAAGUGCCUUUUGUGACAAACUACGAGUGUCGCAUCUCCAAUCAGCAUCUCACCACCGACCGCACGUUCUGCGUCGGCUGGAGGAACGGCACGAGCGGCAUUUGUCAGGAGGAUUCUGGCGCAGGAUUCGCUUUGAAUGUGAGUGGACGAUGGGUUCUGCGUGGUGUGAUGUCCAAGGCUCCGAUCGCUCAUCCUGAUCGCUGCAAUCUGAACAAAUAUCCUGUUUUCUCGGAUGUCUCGAAGUUCGUCGAUUGGAUUUGGUCACACGAACCGAUCGAUACUCAUCUCAAGUAUUUCGACGGCACUGACUGGCUUGAUUUUUCCGUGACUUACGCCACAAGAUCAGUCAAAGUUCAAUCAGUCGUAAAGGUUUCAAUCCAAGUUGUGAAGCUCACGACAUCUGUGAACACCACAUACUCCUUAAGAUCACACAAGUUGGACUGUCUGUCCGUGAGUGAGGUGGAAACGACUCCUCUGAGGGUCCAUUUGCCCUCUCUGUCGAACAUCAGUCCUCCGCCAGAGUCUCCAUUGCACGGACCGUCGGUUCCGUUGCGCCACCCCGCGCAGAAUGUCACCUCGGAGGUGAUCUUGGUGAAGGCAUCGUGCGAGCGCAGGCACGUCUCAUCCGACACCACCGGAAUUUCAGCCUUCUUGGGCAAUUCGGUGAAGAAGUUUCCGAAUUCAUCGCGACCCCAGCCUGCCGUGACUCCAUUCUGGCCCACGAUGCUGUCCUUGCUCGCGGGACCCUUCCACAGGCAGGCUGGUCGGAUACGUGCAGCAUCUUCAGUGAGCCCAGGAAGGUGGAAUUGGGCAGCUCCUGGACUGCCAAGCAGUGAGGCAGGUCAGGGCGAGGAAGAGCACGAGACACGAGGAGACACUCAUUCAGGGGAGGACUUUGGGGCACUUGUUGCGAGCAGGGAAAACACGGAGCGACUGACUGAUGUUGGUCAGAAGGCGCCAGAGAUCUCCGCUGACUCGUCUCGAGGUCAACGUGCCAUGCCAAAACACAGUGGCGCUCCGCCAAACGUGCCGCAGGACAUCAGCAAGCUGAGCGCAUCCCAGGAUGGACAGGCGCCGUGUCGCAUUCUGGACAAAAUCCUGGAGCACGGGAAAGAGUGGACUCAUCCUGAGAAGUGCGUGAACUACUUCUGCUACGACGGAAAGAUCCUCGAAGUGGACUUUUGCGACCCUCUGAAGACCACUGGACCCAAUUGCGUCAUCAUCCCCAUCAGACCGAACCUGGACUACCCCUAUUGCUGCCCCAAAGCUUCAGAGAGUGCAUUUGCAAUGCAUAGAUCGAGUUUUGUAGUGCCUCUAGUCAUUUUCCUCUCAAUCUUCGUGGAAACAUCGACAAGAGAACUGCCAGAUUCUCCGUGUCCAGAAAUCUUUCGCUAUCGCUACAAUGUAACCAGUCGCCAGUGGUAUGGAUGGGCUCGAAUAAAAAACAUCACAGAGGCAGACAACUUCUACGUGUACAUUAAAUUCGAUGUGAAUGUGCCCAAAGAUUAUGAAUUCGUCAAUGAAGGAAGAUUGGAGUUUUCCAUUUCGGAAAAUGUUCUGGAAUUAAGCAUUGAUUUUCCUCUUCAGUCGCCAAUGCCAGAACUAAGUUUUGUCAACAUGAAUUCAACUAAGAUCUGCCAAUCUUCACAUAAUAGUAAAUCAGGAUGGCAGUGUAUUAGUCAUUUUCUGCAAAGGGAUGAAAAUUACGAUGAGAUGAUUUUCGGAACACCAUCUAAGAAUACUGUGGUUCGAACUAAUAGAACACAAUCUACUCGAAAUACUCUGUCUUCAACUGAUACAUCUUCGCCGGGCCAUGAAGCCACUCCAAUCAGAAACAUGAACGGAACUGAUGCAGACAAAUGUGGAACUCUCCAUCCUCUGUCCAGUGCAACAGGCCUCGUGGCGAGAGGAGACACAAUACGGCGAGGCACUUGGCCUUGGUUAGUGGGUGUCUUUAGCUACAAUGGAGCCGCGCUAUCCUUCACUUGCGGCGCCUCUCUCAUAUCCGACAGACUCGUACUCACAGCAGCACAUUGCUUCUUUCGCAAUACUGGAGAAAAGAUUCUUGUGCAGGACGUUGUUCUCAUCCUGGGCAAGUACGAUCUGAGAAAACCCGACGAGGAUGGUGCAAAAAUUGUGUAUCCGAGUACUUUGAAACUCCACAACGACUACACUUCUUACAUCCUCCAGGGCGAGAGCAAGCACAAGCCUGAUGCAGAUAUUGCAGUUCUGAUUAUGCCUGAACCUGUGGAAUUUACCCAGUUCAUUCGCCCCAUUUGCCUCUGGAAACCCACAGAUCCUGAGAUUAGCUUUAAUGAGUCUGGCAUUGCAGCCGGCUGGGGAAUGGACGAGUCUGGGAAUGUGUAUACACAAUUCCCGAGAUGGAUUCAAAUCCCCAUUGUAGCGAACAGCGUGUGUCGCAGAUCGAAUCAACUGUUUCAAUCACUUCUAACCGAGAGAACUCUCUGCGUGGGCUGGAAAAAUGGCAUAUCAGGAGUUUGCGGGGGUGAUUCUGGCGGAGGUUUUGCUUUCUACAUUAACGGACGAUGGGUUCUCCGCGGAUUGAUCUCCACAUCUCUUCCGCCAACUAAAUCGGCUAAGUGUAAUCUUGACGACUACACCAUUUUUGUGGACGUCUCAAAAUUUUUAGACUGGAUUCAAUCAUACGAUCCAUACAUUUCUUCCCGAAGUGGUGAAGGAAUUUUACAAGAGCGCCAUUCAAAGUAACAUUACUUAACAGCACAACGUUUUCAUAUGUAUCUACUGAACCGAUCAAUCGACUGCAUUUAAUACGUAUUUUCGGAAGCAAUAGGGCUUUGCCAAUAACCAAUCAAUAUGGAAAUUAUCACAAUCUUGUGGAACGAUUAAUAUUUUCUUUUCCUCUAAUCAACAUGUAAAAUAGAUCGACGCAAUAAAUAUAGUGUUAAACGA